AAUACAUGGUUGUGCAUGCAGUGUUUAUUAAUUAGAAAUUAUUUCUACAGGAAAUUACAGCCUUUUUUUUUGUUGGCAGCAAUAACUAAGUCUGUGAUUGAAGAAGUAACUUGUGACUUGUUUCUCUGUUUAAUUGGCAGAUACAAACCCUUCUUCCCGUUUCAAGUGCACCCGGCACCAGCCUCAUUAUGUGACCCAGAGUUCUCAGUUCAGGACUCACGAUUGGUAGAGGGGCGGCUCCGUGUCACGCUGGUUGAAUGUAGCAGGUUGUUUAUUUUGGGGUCAUAUGAUAGAGAGACGUAUGUUCACUGCACCAUCGAACUCAGCAGCCACGAAUGGAGGGAAAAACCUCGCAGCUCAAUCAAAACGACUGAAGUUAUUAAAGGCCCAAAUGGAAGUGUGGGAAUGACGUUUCGGCAUGUUCCAGCCUCCGAAGGAGACGUGGUGCACGUGAGCAUUGAGACGGUGACCCCCAACUCCCCUGCUGCCCAGGCUGACCUGCAGAAGGGGGAUCGCCUCAUUGCUAUUGGAGGAGUUAAAGUGACUUCCUCUGUCCAAGUGCCGAAGCUCUUAAAGCAAGCUGGAGAACGAGUGACUGUCUUGUAUGAGAGGCCAGUCAGACACCAGAUGCCUGCCAUGGGCCUGGGGACCCUUCAGGAAACCCUGGCCCCUCUGGAAGAACCAGGGUACCCCCCUGCUGGGGGUUAUGAGGAGGACCCUGCCCAUAUUACCACCAUGGACAUAACUGAUGGCAAAGACAAUGACUCUGAGUUUGAGGAACUGAUAGUGGAGACCAAACUGGCCGGAGCUGCAAUCAGUGGAGAAACUAAAGAUGAUUCCCUGCUCUCUGUAAACCAAAGCCCUAAAAAGACUGUCGCCAACCUGGCCUCAAAGCCCCUGGGCACCAUCUCGCCAAUCCUCAACCGAAAACUCAACCUGGCCGGCCUUCAAUCCCCGCUGAAAGCCCAGCCUAAAGAAUUACCAAAGCCCUCGCCUCACAAGAGUGUGGAACCAUCUGAGCCUCCCCAGAGACCAACAGUGCCCCCUCCUCCUCCACCUGCUCGCCCUCCGGUUCCUCCAAGGCCCCAUAUUAAAGUGACAUCAGCCUCGUCUGAAUCCCAAAUCUUGUUGGAAGGAGGUGACUUGGUAGUGGAGAAAUCCCCAGAAAAAGUUCCUCCUGCUUCAGGCAAUGGAGACAGACCUGCACCUGACAAAACGCCCACAAAAGCUUCUGAGACAAAGCCCUUAAACAAACCCCCAGAGUCUACAGAAGAACUACCACCAAUACCUGUCACUAGUAAGCAAGAUUCAGCCAAAGACAAGAUGGUUGAAAGCUCCUCGAUCACAAGAGACAGUCUGGAUGAGCAGGGUUUUUGGGAGUCAUCUGAAGCAAUGCUCCGCAACAGAAAUGUUCGAUGGAACAAGUCUUCUGUAGUAUUUGAUGUAGAAAGCAACCAUAAAUACCUUAACAUAGCACUCUGGUGCAAGGAUCCCUUUAAGUUAGGUAGUCUCCUGUGCUUAGGGCAUGUUAGCUUAAGUUUGGAGCACAUAGCACUUGAAUGCUUGUCUACAUCAUCCGCAGAAUACCAGAGCACCUUUCGUCUGUGUGCCCCAGAACCCCGGGCCAGCGUCAGUCGUACUGCACUGCGUAGUCUGGGCACGCACAAGGGCUUUAAUGAGAAGUUAUGCUAUGGAGAUGUUACCCUCAAUUUUAUUUACUUGGGAGAGGGGGACUUGGACCUGCCUAGUGGACUUACUGAGAGGGAGGGAAGCAUACAUGAUGAGGAAGUGAAAGAAAGGGAACGAGAAAAAGAGCAGGUUCCCUCAGUAACUCGGGAAGACCUAGGCUACAAUCCCAUGCAGAUCAAUGAAGUCCGGCACAACUUCCAGGACACACAAUUCCAGAAUCCCACCUGGUGCGAUUACUGCAAGAAAAAGGUUUGGACCAAAGCUGCCUCCCAGUGCAUUGUCUGUGCCUAUGUCUGCCACAAAAAGUGCCAGGACAAGUGUCUGGCUGAACAUCCUUUCUGUUUGGCCAUUGGUGACCGUCGUAGCACAGACCCUGAGGCCAAGUCGACCAUUAAUCGGGCAACCACUGGUCUUACACGUCACAUCAUCAACACCAGCUCCCGCCUGCUCAACCUUAGGCAAGUUCCUAAAACCAGACUAGCAGAACAAGUGUCUGACGUGGGACCUGGAGCUGCUGAACCCUCUCCAAAACACACACCCAACACCUCAGACAAUGAGAGCAGUGACACUGAGACAUAUGCUGGGGCAAGCCCUUCAAAACAACCUCCAGGUGGAGGUGGCACAAAGCUGGCACGCAAAGAGGGAGGUUUAGAUGACAGUGUUUUUAUUGCGGUGAAGGAGAUCGGCCGGGACCUGUACCGUGGCCUCCCAACAGACGAACGUUCACAAAAACUGGAGCUAAUGCUGGAUAAACUGCAGCAGGAAAUUGACCAGGAGCUGGAGCACAACAAUGCUUUGAUGUCUGAAGAGAGAGAAGCAACUGAUGCCCGGCGCAAGGCCCUGAUCACCUCAGCCUUGGCUAAGUCCGGAGAGCGGCUUCAAGCUUUGACUCUGCUAAUGAUCCACUACCGUGCCGGCAUUGAAGACCUGGAAUCUGUAGAGAGCACCUCACCAUCUGAGCAGCAUGGCUUCCCCAAGUCGAAAACGGGAGGUCUGGAGGAGGACCUGAUGUGUGCAGAAGUGUACGACAGUGACAUUUGUAGUCCAGUGGAUGUGCAGAUGCUCGAUGAGAUUAGUGAGGAGCAGAUUUGUGUUGAGGCCUUGCCACGUUAGAUGGCAGAGGCAAAAGGGGCUUGAGACUCCCAACAAAGUAUUUUAUCAUAGAAUCCAUGCGACUGUCCAAGACUGGCCAGCACUUUGUUUGUCUAUAAGACGCAGAAUAUUCAGAACAUUGUCUCUGAUUUUAGGUAUUUUAUUUUCUGUCAUUGCUGUUGCAGAAAACCAACCAAAUUUGUUACAAUUGUCCGCAGUUCCAAUGUAUCAAUAGGAGUUUUAAGUCAAACAAAGAAAUGAGCUAUUACAGUUGGGCCAGUAUAAGGAACAUUUCUGUUCUUAUUUAGGACCAUUUUACGAGCUACAAGAGAAAGUUUAAAUCAUGGUUCCUUGCCUAGGCUGCAGACGUAGCAUUUUGAGUGUUAACUAAACUUAGCCAACUUGUAGCAUCUGUUUUGAGAAAAAUAAAAAUGGAAACUAGGAACCUAGACGACAUUCUGGAUCAGUUUGUAAUACUGGAAACAUUUGAGGCCGUAAACUUCAAAGGAACAAUCUCUGUACUUUGGUGUGAGCUUCAAGCCUUCUUGCCUUAGACUGGUCCUCUGCCAAGUAGUAGGAUUACCAUGAAGACAUUUACCAUAACAUGCGAUCCAAAUGUGGAAGUUGCAUAUUUUAAUUGUCCAUCUUUAAUGUCCUCUGCAUGGGAGCACUUUUUAACAUAAUUUUUUAUUAAUUUAUCUUGUUUUCUUUUAAAUUGUCUCAAAAAGUUGAGCCACUAUAGAACUGUCUUGGGACAUAUACUCGUUAUGACUGGGUAAUGAAACCUAUUUGGGGACCACUGUUGAUGUCGCUCAAGUUUGUGUAACUCAAACGCCAAACAAAUGUGACAAAAUGUGUUAAUUUUCUUUCUGUAUUUCACCAUUGUUUUUCUUUGUUCAUAAGUUUGUUCAUAUAGUAUACAUUAUAACUGCUGUUUGAGUAAAUGUAUGUUGUGGUUAUGGAAGAUCCAUCUUUAUUUAAGCCUCCAUGAAUUUGAACAUGAUAGCCAGAUUUCUUGAGAAACUUGAGAAGUCCUUAAAUCCUUAACCUACCAAAUUAUGCAAGUUGGCAUACGCCAUUUUGGUUUAUUUGCUUUCAUGGGUGUUGUGGUAGAGAUCUUUUUACAAACUUAAUUUUGUUGUUUUAUUUUGUUUAGUGAAAUUUAGCACCCAUGUCUGCUUCUCUUUGCCUUUCCAAAGCUUGGAUGAUUCCAUAAUAUACUAAUGAAUGUAUUUCCCAAGCCGAGUUAACACAAUGCUAACAGUGCAGUUAGCUUACUCUUCACAAUUAAUUUGCUCCACAGCUCACUGAAGUCGUACCACCUGACUAGUCAGAACACAAUGAAUGUCCCUUGGCUCCAGAAGCUUAUCGCUGUAUUAUCCACAGAUAUUUACGUCUGUUCUCCUAUAGGUUAGCAUACCCAGUGUACUCUCUGUACAUCCUGUAGCCCCAUCUCACACGUGCUUAGAACAGGCACAGCAUGAGAGCAAUCAUCUUAUACAAUCUAUAUGCCUGAAGUACCAGGUAAAGCAAGAAAGCAUUUUCCAGUCGCUUAAUCAGUCAUUUUAAAUACAAAAGUGGCAAUCGAGUAACUGGUUGAGAAAGCACACCGGACCUAAAGGAGAACUGUUUGAGGCUGAACACAGUCAGUCUCAGGUCAGCUUGGGUAAGAUAUAAAGGGUAAUCCCCUCUAUUUACUGCUAUAGGAUCAGACUGCAAUAUUUUUAUAGGGAUAUCUGAACACCAGGAGGGAAGACCACAGUUCCUCUCUGAUGAACGGUGACAAGGACCUUCGGUCCAGGCUCUACUAUACCCUGUUAUUUAGCCGUGGGCUAACGCGUCACUGGAAGACUCAUGAAAGCUUUUUUGUUUUUGUUGUUUUUUUUUCUUGUUGUUCUCGUUUCGGUUGGUGUCUCUUGGCUGCUGCUAUUGUAACUGUAACCCUGUGCUCCUCAAACACAACAGAGCCUCUCUUUCCUGUUGUCUCACAGUGCUAAACAAAAAAAAACGUCUGUCUCUGCUACUUCGCAGUGAAGCCUUUUCUGCAAAAGCUGUUGUUCUCAUUGAAAGCUGAGUCAUGUUUCUUAAGCCUCGUUUAGACAGCUGGCUCUAAUCACAUUUCUCCUUCAUGCCUGGUCCUUAAACCUGAUUUAAACUCGUGGUCAAGCUUCCGGACACUUCAGGCUGAUCACGUGGGUUUAAAACAAGGUAAAAAAAACGAAGGGAAGUGAUUUUAGCUCGCUGUCUACAUGUAGUUUUGGCGCUAUUGUAAAUAGCCUGAACAAAGAUGGUUGCUGCAAACCUAUCCCCACCUCAACUCACACCACUCCCAAUCCCCCACCCUCAAACAAAGCCCUGUAUGUUGGUUUAUUUUUUGAUUGUUGUUAUUGUUGUCUUUGCUUCAUAUAAAUAUUUUCUGUUGGUGUAUUAAACAUGGAUAAGGACAGCUGCUGAAGUACUGCACAGCUUUGUAACAUGCUGCAGGAACUUUACACACACUGACAUAUCAUAUUUGCUUAUGCACUUGAGAUACAAAAUAAAUUAUUGAAAUAAUUAUUAAA